AUGAUACAAAUUGGCAUAGAAGAAGUAACAGAAGACAACGUCAAGUUUACUCUUCUGAACUGCACUCUGGGAAUGGCCAAUGCUCUGCGCCGCGUUAUCAUGACAGAAAUACCCACUCUAGCCAUAGAUAUAGUGCAGUUUGAUAAGAACUACACGGUAAUACCCGAGGAGAUGACAACCGACAGACUGGGCCUCAUUCCCAUAGAGAGCAGCACAGCCAGCAAGUAUCUGUACCCCAAAGACUGCAGCUGCAAGAGCUUCUGCAAGCAGUGCUCCAUUUCCAUCCUUUUGGACGCAAAAAAUGAAGGAAAGUCUCCGUGGACUGUUACAUCGAAAAAUCUUUUUGUGGAAAAUGAAGCCCCAAAUAUCGGCGAUCCCAUGAGCCCAUCGAUAGUCACAAGGCUGGGCCACAAGCAGGCGAUAAAGUGCAAAUGCAUAGCGGUCAAAGGCAUAGGCAAAAAACACGCCAAAUGGUCUCCUGUCUCCACUGUUGCCUUUGGAUACGACGCAGACAACUCCCUCAGGCACACGAAGUACUGGCACGAGCAGGAUAUUAACAAAGAAUGGCCAGUUGCCUGGUUUGCAGAUAAAAAUUCUCCUGCGCAGUCUGAGAGUUAUGUACACAGCACAGACCCGAACAAGUUCUACUUCAACGUAGAAGUGGUCAAAGGAUGUUUAAAGCCCAUGGAAGUGCUAACGCAGGCUGUCCAUGUCCUCAAAGACAAAUUCAAGCACAUAAGAGAUGCUCUAGAAGAUAUACAAUAA